AUGAAAUUAUUAGUAAUUAUUUUGAGCUUUAUUUUACUUUCUCAUAUAUAUGGAUUGAAUACAGAUGAAUCAACUGGUAUUAAUGUAUUAGAAACAUUAAAAGCAAAAAAUUUAUCUUGUGAUCUUCAUGUUUUUGUAAAUUCAACUGGCAAUUCUCAAGAUGAAUAUGAAGUUUUUAUAAAUGAUCUAACACAAUACUGUUCGAAUUCUGAAUCAACAAAAUCAUAUAGAGUUUUAUGUCAUAUGAUAUUAAUAGAACUUGAAAUUGGUUGUUUAUCUCUAAAUAAAACACAACCAUUACCAAUAAAAUAUAUAACUUCGUAUACACCAGAUAAAAUAUGUUCAAUCAAUAAAAUACUAUAUAUAAAUCGUUGGAUAUGGGACAAAUUAAAAACAAAUGAAAAAAAUCAAAUUGGUACAACAUCGAUUAAAUUAUGUUCUACAAUAACUUCAUUUAAUGAGACACUUCGAUUGGCAAAUUUUUUUUAUAAAACUGCAUCACGUAUUAGAGAAAUUGAUACAUAUAAUAUACAGUCUUUAUCACAUCAAACACUUACUAAUUCAUCUGCUAAUAAAGUCCGACUAGUUAAAAAAAAAUCGUUCAAAAAAACAAAUAAUACAAGUGGGAAGAAAGUCGAACUAGAAAAUCAAUUAUUAGUUAAAAAUAUAAAUGAAGAUUCUUUAUUACAGAAACAUAAUUUUGAAGACAAAAUAACAAAAAAUAAAACACAAUUAGUGUUAGACUUAAAACACGAACAAUUCCAAUUUGUGGGAAUUCCAUUAGGACGAAAUGAAGAACUACCAGCACGGGUACAAGUUAAUGAACGACCGAAACCAAAAGCUCUGGAUAUUGAAGUUGUCUUUCAAUCAAAUGAUGGUGAAAAACGAAAUUGGAUUGAAGGUAUCACUUUAAUUUAA